GGGCACGGGCAGGGGUCGCAAGCAGCGGGCAUUUCUGGGGUGGGUGUGUGACUUGUGGGCGUGUUUAGGGUGGAGCCAGCUGACUGCUUGGUCUUAGUUACAUUGUGUAGGAAAAUAGUGUCUAGGUCUCUGGUAGAAUCCGAACGAGCCCAGUUUCUCCAGGUCGCAGAGUGUCCCUGACUGGGCCUAGUGAGGUCAGAGCUUGGGAUCACUCCGUGCAAAGGACGCGUCCAUAGAGCAGUAAGAAGCUGGGUAGGCCAGGGCCCUUACGUGACAGCCAGAGUCUCUAGUGCCAGAUCCCAGCCAGCCAGCUAUGGAACAGCUGCCCACCAACCUGCAGGUCCUGCUCCAGGCCGCUGAGUAUGUGGAGCGGAGGGAGAGAGAAGCAGAACAUGGCUAUGCUUCAAUACUGCCCUGUGACACUGCUACCCCCGGUAGGAGAAAACGCCAGAGGACCACCAGCAACCCUGACAGUGUUAGGUCUGUCCACAAUGAGCUAGAGAAACACCGGAGAGCUCAGCUGCGGAGAUGUCUGGAACAAUUGAAGCAGCAAGUUCCUCUAAGUGUGGAUACGUCCCGUCAUACAACUCUAAGCCUCCUGCACAGAGCCAGACAGCACAUCAAAAAACUGGAGGAUCAGGAACUGAGAGCCAAAAAUCUGAAAGAAAAACUGAGGUCAGAACAACAGAAGCUACGACAGAGACUAAAACAGCUACUACCCUCUAGUAGUACUGAACGCAUAAGAGCUGACAGUCUAGACUCCUCCACCCUGUCAUCUGAGCGGUCAGACUCUGACCAAGAGGAUUUGGAAGUAGAUGUGGAAGGAGUCAUCUUGGGAGCCAAUGAUGGGGACCUGUUUGUUUCAUUUAGUGCUGGCAUGGAGCACAGUUACUCUACUCCAGCUCAUGCCUGGCUAUGACAACAAUGAUGAAAAUGUGAACAGCAAUAACAGCUUUAUGAAGAAUUUUAACUAGCAUAUUUAACUUCCAAAAUGCCAUAUCCCUUCAAGGAUCUUCCCAUGAAGGUGGAGUCAAUUCACUAUUUGGAUCACACUUUCCUUCUUGUGGAAAGAUAAAAUCCAGUUUGUUUUUGUUUUUUGUUUUUUAACCCAUCCCCCCCCCCCCCCCAAAAAAAAAAUUUUUUUGCAUGGUGGUGAUCUACAAAUUAUACCAAACUUUACAUCCUCCAUAAGCAUAACUACGUGGAUAAACUGCAGCCACGCGCUAUGCUGUAGAUGGUACACCUGGAUGGGAUUCUCUUAAGGCCUCAGCAGAAGUCUUGGUGCUAUGUAACCAGCACCUCACGUGUUCACAUAAUUUAUUGUACAUACAUAGCUGCUGUGCACUGGUUGCACUGCGCUCCUGGACUUAUCAGAAGCACUUUGUUAUGCGUGCACUUAAAGGACCACCAUGUAAAGAACUAUAAAUAUAUUUUUUAUUCUUCAUAAAGAUCUAGGACCCCCUGCUGUAGGACUUAAAAGAAGAAAGCAUUUUGUGAGAUUUCAAUCAAUGGAUUCUCCAGUCUCCUAUGUCCAGUAAUAUAACAAAAUGGAUGCUUUCAUCUGAAACAAUUGCAGAAAUAUAUCUCUGGGAGGUUUAAUGUUUACAUGACUAUUACAUUGUAAAAAGUCAGAACUCGCAUGCACUUGCUGAAGAAGAGAAGCUUCUCGAUCGAGCGGCCUUAGCUGAUCUUCUCUUGGCACAGCACAAGCUUUUAGUUAGAAGCUCCUCCACUUCUGACAGCAGUAGGGUCUGGUCGUUACAGCCCCUGAUUUAAGAUGAGCAGCUUUCUUACAUUCCUAAGCCCAAGCACUACUUGUAAUGUGAGUUUUGACUUGGGCAGAGGUGAACCCCUCAGACUAAGCAUUAUUUUAUAUUGUAACUUCUAUUUUAGUAAAUGUGGUUUUUGUUCUGUAGAAAUGCUUGUCCUUUCUCUUUCCUAUUGCAAAAUUAGAUUUCACACAGAGGUUGUACUAAAUAAUAGUUGGAAAAACACAGGCACUAUGUAAGGGAUCUACAAUGUGCAGCAUAAUCUAUAGAUGUGAAAAUACAACAGUAUUAGCGUUGACUCAUCGCCUGUCUCGGGUACUACAAAGGUUGUGCUCACAUGAACAGGAAAUGUGAGUGAGGCCUUUUUAGGGCCCAGCUAUAUGUGGCAAGUAUGCAUUGCAAAGGGUGAAAUCUGCAGGAUAAAAUGACAUGCUGCAGAUUUAGGGUUCAGCAACAUGGUGAUCUUAGUU